CACUUGAUCUCGAUUAUUCCGAAGGAAGCGUCGGUGGCGCGCCUUUGCAUCUCGUCGCAGCAGACGAUCUUUGGCGCAUUCCAGCGCAUGAUUCCCUCGUGCUCGCAACGAACAGCCGAGUACCGCAAACAUGGCCGGGGAUUUACGAGAAGGACUAGUACUUGGCAUGGGAAAUCCCCUUCUCGAUAUUUCAGCAACUGUAGAUCAUGAAUUUUUAAAAAAAUAUGAUCUAAAGCCCAACAAUGCUAUUCUCGCUGAGGAGAAGCACAAACCUUUAUACGAAGAGUUAAUUGACUUGUACAAAGCUGAUUUUAUUGCAGGUGGAUCUGUACAGAAUACAAUGAGAGUGACACAAUGGUUCCUACAAAAACCAAAAGUUGCCACUUAUAUGGGCUGUGUUGGAAAGGACAAAUAUUCAAAGAUUCUAGAGGAUAAAGCAACCACGGAUGGUCUAAAUGUUAAGUAUCAAUAUACCGAUCAAGAACCAACUGGCACAUGUGCAGUGCUUAUUACAGGAAAAGAACGCUCCUUGUGUGCUAAUUUAGCAGCAGCAAAUUGUUUCUCACUAUCGCACAUUGAAAAGCCAGAGAACAAGCACCUGAUAGAUAUAGCAAAUUAUAUUUAUAUAUCGGGAUUUUUCUUGACAGUUAGUCCAGAAUCUAUACAAACAGUGGCUAAACACGCUUAUGAAAACAACAAAAUGUUUAUGAUGAAUCUUAGUGCUCCAUUUCUGUGCGAGUUCUUUCAAAAGCCAAUGUUAGCUGCAUUUCCCUAUGUGGACAUUCUAUUUGGUAAUGAGACAGAAGUGGACACAUUUGCUAAGACCAACAAUUUUAAUACAACAGAUAGGAAGCAGAUUGCACUGAAGAUAGCAAAAAUGGAGAAAAUCAAUGAGAAGAGAAAAAGAAUAGUUAUCGUAACGCAAGGUGCUAAAGCAAUACUUUUAGUGAAAGAUGGAACAGUGACGGAAUAUCCUGUCAUAAAACUGCCAGAAGAGAAAGUUGUAGAUACCAAUGGUGCUGGAGAUGCUUUUGUUGGAGGUUUUAUUGCACAACUUGUACAAGAUAAAAAUAUAGAAACGUGUAUAAAAUGUGGCAUUUGGGCGGCGACGCAAAUUGUACAAAGAUCGGGAUGUACUUACGAAGGAAAACCGAAUUUCUAAUCUUGAUCAACGUCAAUUCUAUAGCAAGUUGGAAAUUGAGUACUUAAUAAACAUUUUGACGUUUUUUUUUACCUAAAUUUUUUUAUCUUUUGUAUCAGAUUUAUUGUACAAAUGCAAUUAUAACAAUUGUUAAAUUUUUAGCAAAAUAUAAAAAUUUAAUAACUUGUAUGAUAAA